CAAGCACACAUCCAGCUGUCGGCGAGAUGUGAGAGCUGCAGUAGGCGAAGGUCUGAAGGUGUGUCUGUCACUGCUGUCCCUCCUGUCGCCUCGCCCCUCAGCGCGCGAGCGGCUGUGAGAAAAAGAAAGAGAGCACGAGUGAAACAGAGAGAGAGAGAAGUUUCCGCUGUCUUUAGGCGCACGGUCGCCGAUCGUUCACGUAACACGAUGGCACGGCUGUGUCAGUGUGUAUCGCUGUCGCUGUUGGAAGCUCGGCUGCUUUCAUGAAAGCUAGGAAAACGGAAAAAACCCCGAAAGUGACACCAUGGCAGAAUUUGGAGAAAACAUGAGCGCCGUCGGUCCACCGGUUGCUGGCUGUAAAGCUGCGUCAGGGGGAACCGGAACGAGCCUGGAGACGCACCGAGGAGAGCCUGUGUCGAACGGCAGCUGCAGCGUGCCAAACGCCGGCAAGAAGGUCCAGAACGAUUCCAGCUGCGAGUCUCCGAAGUGGGAGAGCACGGGUCCAGACUCAGCUGCUAAACCAAUCCCUCGACGCAGCAGUCUGAUCAAGGAUGGAUCACGUGCUGGUCGGGAGAAGAAGAAGACGGUGUCCUUCAGCAGCAGUCUGUCAGAGAAAAAGAUCAGCAGUGCUUCUGAUUGCAUCCACUCGAUGGUUGAGGGGAGCGAGCUGAAGAAAAUCCGACCCAACUCCCGUGUUUAUCAGCGAUACUAUCUCCUUGAUGCCGGCCUCCAGGCUCUAUGCUGGGAGCCAUCCAAGAAGGAGUCAGACAAAGCUCGGAUCUCUCUCUCCUCUAUACGUGAGGUACGGACAGGUCGUAACACGGAGACCUUCCGCACCAGUGGAGUUUAUGACCAGAUUUCAGAGGACUGUGCAUUCUCCAUCAUCUAUGGAGACAUUUAUGAAAGCUUGGACCUGGUUGCCAACUCUGCAGAGGUGGCUAACAUUUGGGUUAUUGGUCUGAGGUAUCUGAUGCAGUAUGGGAAACAUACCCUCGACAUGCUUGCUAGCAGUCAGAACAGUCUUCGUCUUGGCUGGCUGGAGCAGUUGUUCUCCUCUGCUGCUAACCAGGACACACGGGGAGACGCGACAGAAGGGAUUCAUUUGGAAUUGGCUAUAAAGCUAAUACAAGGCGUGAACCCCGGGGUGAACAGUGGCAAAGUGGAGCACAGGUUUAAGGAGCUUCAAAGACUCAGAGAGAGGAUGUGCGAGCUUACGAUAGAUAAUGGAUCUGGACUUGAAGACUACAGCGAAAACAAAAAGCUAACGGCAAGAAAUGAGCGGGUCACCAAGCAGGAGUUCGUUGAGGUCUUCCACGACUUUUGCACACGUCCUGAGAUCUAUUUUCUCCUAGUGCAGUUCUCCAGUAACAAAGAGUUCCUGGACACCAAAGACCUGAUGAGGUUCAUUGAGGCUGAGCAGGGCAUGGCUCAAGUGAGUGAGGAAACCAGCCUGAAACUCAUCCAGGCUCAUGAGCCAUCGGAGAAGGGGCGGGAGCAGGGAUACCUGUCAUUGGACGGCUUCACCAGCUACCUCACUUCGGCGGAGUGCCACCUCUUUGACCAAGAGCAUAGCAUCAUAUGCCAGGACAUGACUCAGCCUUUGUCUCACUAUUAUAUCAACUCGUCCCACAACACCUACCUCAUCGAAGACCAGUUUCGAGGCCCCUCGGAUAUCUCCGGCUACAUUCGUGCCCUCAAAAUGGGCUGCCGGUGUGUGGAGUUAGAUGUUUGGGAUGGUGCAGAUGAGGAGCCGCUAGUGUGUACUGGCCACAGCCUCUCCCCGCCGCUGUUGCUGCACUGUGUGUUAGAAGCAAUCAGAAGGUUUGCCUUCGCAGCAUCGGAGUACCCGUUAAUUCUGUGUGUUGAAAACCACUGUUCGCUUCGACAGCAGAAAGUGAUGUGGCAGCAUCUCAUGAGGAUUUUAGGGGAGAAGCUGUACACAGAUCCUCCAGAUGAAGAGGCUUCAUACCUUCCAUCCCCGCAUGCCCUAAGACAUCGAAUACUAUUAAAGGGUAAAAAGCUAGUGCCGAGUUCUGAUGGGGAAGAUGGCGAGGUAAGUGAGGAGGAUGAAGGAGCAGAGAUGUGCCAGAAGAUAAAGGCAGUUAAUAGUGGAGGGGCAGCGCCUGGAGGAAGUGAGAAGGACACUGUGCAGAAAAUCGUUGUCACGUCUAGUCCUUCGAGCGUUCCCCCCAAACGUUUCCAACUGUUGAAGGAGCUCUCGGACUUAGUAAAUCUUUGCCAGUCUGUCACCUUUAUUGACUUUCCAACCUCGUCCAAAAGCCAAAAACCUUGGGAGGUGUGCUCUUUUCACGAGUCUUUAGCAGUGCGUCUUGCUAGCGAGAACCCCGGGGACUUUGUCAACCACAACAAGCACUUCUUGUCACGGGUGUACCCCAACCCUAUGCGUAUUGACUCGAGCAACAUGAACCCCCAGGACCUGUGGAAGUGCGGUUGCCAGAUAGUGUCAAUGAAUUUUCAGACAGCAGGACUGAUGAUGGACCUAAACACAGCCUGGUUCCGGCAGAAUGGGAACUGCGGUUACGUUCUGCGUCCGGCCAUCAUGCGGCAGGAGGUGUCUUACUUCAGCGCUGACACCAGAGACACGGUGCCUGGUGUGUCUCCGCAGCUGCUCCACGUGAAGGUCAUUAGCGGCCAGAAUCUGCCAAAACCCAAAGGUUCUGGGGCUAAAGGGGACGUGGUGGACCCAUAUGUAUAUGUGGAGAUCCAUGGCAUCCCAGCCGACUGCACAGAGCGCCGCACUAGGACUGUGAGCCAGAAUGGAGACAACCCAAUCUUCGAUGAGAGCUUUGAGUUCCAGAUCAACCUGCCUGAGCUUGCUAUGGUUCGCUUUGUGGUGCUGGAUGAUGACUUUAUUGGGGAUGAAUUCAUAGGUCAGUAUACCAUACCUCUGGAGUGCCUCCAGCCUGGUUACCGACAUGUACCCCUGCAGUCUCUGACAGGAGAGGAACUCCCACAUGCCAAGCUGUUCGUGCACGUGGCCCUUACCAAUCGCAGAGGUGGAGGAAAACCUCACAAAAGGGGUCUGUCAGUACGCAAGGCCCGAAAGGGGAGGGACUAUACAGCUCUGAGGGACUUGGGAAUUCGAGCAGUGGAUGAAGUUUUCAAAAUGGCUGCUCCUCUGCUGAGAGAAGCCACCGAUCUGAGGGGAAACAUGCAGAACUCAGUAGCAGUGUUCAGGGAGCUGUGUGGGGUGUCGGCUGUGGCUAACCUCAUGCAGUGCAUACUGGCUCUGAGCUCUAGAGUUUCAGAACCAGAGGGGAUGCCUUUACUACUGUUUGACCUGCGGGACCAGUACCCCACCCUGGAGCCCCAGGGGUCUUUGCCUGAUGUCCUCCGCCGGGUUGUCUCUACUUAUGAGAUGAUGGUCCAGGCGAGCAGAGCAGUGAUGGAGCUCUCAGAUGGAAUCCACGACAAGAUCCUGCAUAUACAGACAACAGCCAUGGAGUUUCACGAAAAACUGCAAAGCCUGGGUACGAAAGAGGGGCUGAAAGGUUCCAAGGUCAGCAGAGCAGUUGAGCGUUUCAGCUGGAACAUCACCAUCCUUAAGGGCCAGGCUGACCUGCUGAAACACGCCAAGGCUGAAGUCCUGGAGAACAUGAAGCAGAUCCGUGAUGCUGCUCUGGCUGGAAACCUCACCAAGGAGAGAGCCGGAUUAAGACGGGCAAGCUCCCAAACACGCAGAGGCCACAAUGAAAAACUUGCAAUGAGUACUAGAGGACAGUCGGCAUAGCAAGUAGAAAAAAAAAAAAAAAGGGCACCUAGCUGCUGUGAAAAACUCUUUUCACUUCUGUGUGUGUGUGUGUGUGUGUGUGUGUGUGUGUGUGUGUGUGUGUGUGUGUGUGUGUGUGUGUGUGUGUGUGUGUGUGUGUGUGUGUGUGUGUGACACUGUCUUAGUCUCCCAGAGUGGGCAAGCUAUCAAAGUGUUUUGUAGGCAUUACAGAGAGUAACAGAUAUUAAGAAAGAGAAACAGGAGAACUGAUGAAUGCAAGUCUUCAAAACGCAGCCACUGUAAGCUCACCUGUUACUGAACCUUCGAGCCAGAGAAGGCGGUGCACAGCCAAGGGAAGACUAAUGAAAUGCGAAGCUGCCGAGAUGAAUGUAGUUACUGAAGCCAAGGUUGAGCGGUUUGUACUGUAUUAAACUGUAAAUAAGCCAAAUGUUUAAUGUUCACUUGUUAUGUGCAAUGUUUUCUGAGGUCAGGGGAUGAUUGAAACCAGAAGCCAAAACCUUUUUGAAAAAAAAUGAUGGUGACUUUUACUCCACAGUGAUUAAAUUCAGAUUGGUGUGUAAGACAGCUUGCGUGUGAGUUAAAAGAAACAGUUUGUCAAAGGAUGUGUGGAUGUUUGAGGUCUUCUGUCGUUACUUGUGGACCAACGCAGUCUCUUUUUGUCUCUCUAGAUUUUGAUUACCUGUCUUUUGGUCCCCAGUCGCUGCUCUUCACUCAACUUCGAUUCAAUUAACUUGAGGUCCUUUGUCUUACUAAAAAUCCACCACUUUGCCAUCUUACUACGGUCUUACAUACAGUAUUCUAUAUUUUUGUAUUUACAUAAAAAAAAAAAAAAAGGCUUGUGCUAAUGAACCCGGUGUUACCUACCAAAACGAUCAAUUCCAGAAGUGUAAAUAUGUGGUUAGAGGGAACUAAUACUGUUAUGUUUGUGUUUUAAAACUCUGUACAGUAUUUUAUUAAGUAAUUCUAUCCUUUUACUGCAAAGAAUAUUUUACAUAAGUUAUUGAUCCUGAAUGAAAACAUUCCAGAUACAUAUUAUUGGUGUAGAUAAAUGAGGCUCGAGCAGUUCUGUAAAAGGUCAGUUCACGAUUACCUUCCUCAGCAGCCAGGAUGAAAAUAAACUAGUUUUUAAAUGA